GAAUUUCGAAGGAGAGGGAAACUUCAACUGUGGACCAGCCGGAUGUGCACAUGGACGAUGACGGUGUCGAUACUGAGGAAACUGUAGCUCCAACAGCAUUUCUGCAUUUUAAGAAGAAAGAGCUUAAACGAUGUGAGGCCAAGAAGAAGAAGCAGCACACAGUCACCAAAAAAAUCAGUGACCUGACUAAGGAGAGAGACUCCCUCUGCCAACAAGUUGGUCAAAAUAACAGUGGGACAACUGACUCAUCCUCCUCGGCCAACACAUCUCCUGGUGCAUCUUCUUUUUCUUCGUCCUUCAGUUCAUUCAGCUCCUCUUCAUCCAGCACCUCAUCAACUGCUUUUUCAGAUCAGAAAUUGAAGAAAAAACGCAAGAACAAAAAGAUGCACCGCCACCGGAGUCAAAAAAAAAAAGGACAAAAGAAAGAAAAAGAAGACACAAAGGGAACACAGCAGGCAAAGAGCACGUCAUCCUCAAGAGGUCAUCAAGAGAUACAAGAAAGUCCUAAAGGCUUACAAGAAAGGGAGAAAGCUGAGUUUGGCAUAUCAGAAGGUCGGUGUUGACCGAAACACCAUUGUCAGCAAUGCUCCGAUCUGUGAAUUGGCUGUGGUGGCCCCAAAGACAUAUAAGGAGUUACUGGGUGCCCACACGCCACAGCAACGACUUCAGGACUUUUCAAAAAAAUGUCUGGAAGUGAUAAAUAGUGAUCCAAACCUUUUGAGGGAUGUUGAACAUCAAAAGAAGAAGGGAAAACUGAUUCCUCUGUCCAGGAAAGCUUAGGUAUUGAAACACUGCGGGAUGGUGUCACAGAGUAGUUCAGUGUUGCUCAGGUCCGGUUGACCAAAUAUAUUGAGUUCAAAUUGUUCUACAG